AUGUCUCCAGAGAGGACUCCGACAGAGACCUCCCCUUUGCUGGGCCCGCAAAGUGGGAAUGCUCCUACCAAUGGUACAGUAUCCAACAAUAUCCUUCGGGAUCCCGAGGCGGAUUCUUUGAAGGAUGACCUGGCGCCGAGGCACAACCUUCGAUACAUUCUACCUGCCGUUUCCAUCGGUAUCUUCCUGUCUGCAGCCGAUCAGACGAUCAUUGUGGCCAGUUAUGGGCAGAUCGGUUCCGACUUGAAAGCCCUCAAUCUGACCAGUUGGGUGGCUACCUCUUAUUUCAUCACGUUGGCAAGCUUUCAGCCAUUGUAUGGCAAGUUGUCCGAUAUCUUUGGCAGACGAGCAUGUCUCUUAUUCUCGUAUUUUGUGUUCGGUCUUGGCUGUCUAUUUUGCGGCCUAGCGCGAAACAUUCAUGAGUUGAUCGCUGCUCGUGAGGAAUACUGUCUGACUAUAUUGGCUGGCGGUGGCAUGUUAAUGAUAAGACCCAUCUUCCGGAUUGCGUGUUGUGCUAACAAUGUUCCCAGGGCCUUUCUCGCUCAGGUUCCUCUGUGUGUUCUUGCAUUCCUAGCUGUGUCGGUCAUGCUAGAUCUGCCUGUUCAGGGGGAUAGCCAUUGGAAGACCAAGCUGCGCCGGAUCGAUUUUCCAGGAGCGUUUGCGCUUGUUGGAGCAGUAGUCGGCCUCCUCCUUGGACUGGAUCGAGGCAGUAACGUCUCCUGGACGAUUCCUCUAACCAUUGUGUCGCUUUGUGUCUCUCUCACCAUGUUCGUGCUCUUUGUGUUGAUCGAAAUCUACUUCGCCGCUGAGCCGUUUGCCCCUGGUCAUAUCAUCUUCAACCGAACCUUCUUUGCCAGCUACUGCUGCAACUUUUUCAGCUUUGGCGGCUGGCUUGCGGGUCUUUUCUUUAUUCCUUUGUACUUUCAAGCUGUCGAUGGCGUGUCUGCUACGGUCUCUGGCCUGCGCCUCCUGCCGAGUAUUAUAGCCGGUGUUUCGGGCUCUCUGUUCGCUGGCUAUGUCAUGAAAUGGACAGGGAAGUACUACUGGCUGACCAUCGUUGCUUACGGCCUCCUGACAGUGGGUCUGACCACCAUCUACCUUUUCACCGGCGGGGUUACUCAGAGUCUUAUCCCUAUGAUCCUGGGAAUGGUGCUCUGUGGUUUUGGGAACGGGAUCGGUGUCACGACCACAUUAAUCGCCUUGAUUUCAAACGUGACCCCCGAGGACCAGGCAGUUGUUACUGCCUGCUCGUACCUUUUCCGCUCCCUAGGUUCGGUUAUUGGUGUGUCGUUAUCCUCCACCGUGGUUCAACAACUCCUACGCAGUCAGCUCAGAUUCGCUUUGCGCGAUAGCAAGGACAUUGAUCGUAUUGUCGAAGGGGUGAGACAGAGUCUGGACUACAUCAAAACUCUCGACCCUACAGUCGCCAGGAUCGUGCGAGGCUGCUAUGGGUGGGCUACCAAUAAGGGGUUUGCCUUUAUGGUUGCCAUCGUCUUCUUCGCUCUCCUGAGCAGCUUUUUCAUUCGAGAGAGCAAGUUGAGUCGGUAA